AUGAGGGUGAGGCUGGAUGAGGCUCUAAAAGCACAAGAUUUACUUCAUCUACUCCUUCACCCCUCCUCACCCACCCUCACCCUCCUCACUCCUCCUCACUUCUCCUCACCUCUCCUCACCCACCCUCACCCUCCUCACCCCUCCACACUCCUCCUCACCUCUUCUCACCCACCCUCACCCUCCUCACUUCUCCUAACCUCUCCUCACCCCUCCACACUCCUCCUCAGCUCUCCUCACCCUCCUCACUCCUCCUCACCUCUCCUCACUCCUCCUCACCUCUCCUCACUCCUCCUCACUCCUCCUCACCUCUCCUCACUCCUCCUCACUUCUCCUAACCUCUCCUCACCCCUCCACACUCCUCCUCAGCUCUCCUCACCCUCCUCACUCCUCCUCACCCUCCUCACUCCUCCUCACCUCUCCUCACUCCUCCUCACCUCUCCUCACUCCUCCUCACCCCUUCUCAGCCAGAAUGUGGCGUUUACAGAAGUGCAGAAUCAUGUCGGAAAUGAUGAAGAAAUCAGGGACAGGAAGUGA